CGUCUGUCCUCCCAAACCAAGAUGUCUGAUCCUGAAGUUGAUACUACACCUGUCGUCAAGCCUAUUCCGUCGGCCCCCGGACCUUCAACUCCUCUCACCAAAUCGUACACAUAUCACAGCCCAACCCCCACUACUUCUGGCCCAUACAUGCUUGGGGUGGACGAAGCAGGGCGGGGGCCUGUGCUUGGUCCAUUGGUAUAUGGCGUGGCCUAUUGCCCGGUGGCAUACACAGAACAACUGGAAGAUCUUGGAUUCGCAGAUUCCAAACAGCUCACAGCCGAGACGAGAUCGUCCCUACUCGAUACCCUAAGCUCGGACCUAGAUAAUCUAGGAUGGUCUGUCCGAGUGAUAAGCCCACAAGCCAUCUCGAACGGGAUGCUUCGUCGACCGCCAACGAAUCUCAAUGUCCAGUCUCAAGACGCGACCGUAUUAUUAAUACAGGAGGUUCUUAAGAAAGGCAUUGAGUUGACAGAGGCGAGUAUGACUCGAUUUGCCCUGCGGGAGGUCUCAACGGGUCCGCAGGUCUACGUAGACGCUCUAGGAACCACAACGACGUAUAAAGCAUAUCUUUCGGCGCGCUUCCCAGGGAUCAACUUUACUGUUGAGAGCAAAGCGGAUGAUAAAUUCAAGAUAGUUGGCGCGGCAAGUGUCGCCGCCAAGGUUACUCGCGACGCGUGCAUCGAAAAUUGGGUGUUCGAGGAGUCGCAAGCCGCAUCAGGAAAUGUGCCUACGUCUUGGGAUGCUGGGAUGGGUUCAGGGUACCCCAGUGAUCCCAAGACAAAAGCGUGGUUGGCUCGUUCUGUUGAUCCUGUCUUCGGGCUGCCACGGGUCGUUCGAUUUUCCUGGUCGACAGUCAAAGUGCUACUCGAAAAAGAAGCGAAGAAUGUGGAGUGGAUUGACGAGGGCCAAGCCUCUUUAACUCAGGCCUUCAACUCCGCAAAAGGACGAGACAAGGACAGAUCCGCAGUGGCGAAAGAUCUUGGCCUCAAAAGCGUCGGAAUACUCUAAGCGUGUCGGGUGUUCCGGAUGACUAUGACUAUGUGUAUAUUGUCACUGUUGAUCGUACACCGGGCUUCGCUCAACACCCGUAUCUCCCUUCUCGCGGGCGGCAACGUGUUCCUCGAUGACGUUUGCGACGACUGAAGCUUGAACCGGGAUGUUCGGCCCAUGGAAACCCUCAGGAUAAUCGGGAUUCGGGGGUUCGUUGGGAUACGUGUAGACUCUGUAGCAGAAUCAGCAGGUGGCUAGUCCAGUAGCAUGACAUUAUCAACUCACGUAUCAUUCCAUAUGGAGUAGUGCGUCAUGCCCAAAGAACGACUGGUCCACUCAUAAUCACGCGCAUAUCCUUCAGGGAGGAACAUCUCAACAACGGCGGAGACGAGUGUGGGUUUCAUCAUAACCUGGAGAAAAUUAUGACGGCUUCAUCAUCACAGCUUAGAACUG